ACCCACGACCCCUCUUUCCCUUCUCUCUCUCUCUCUCUCUCUCUGUCAUUCCUCCUUUUUCUGAGAGAUUCUAUUCUUCAACACCCCCAUCCAGUGCUAGCUCCAUCUUCUGUGUCUUUCAGUCUUCACCCACGACUUGUCCUUAAUUUGUAGGGCGUAUUGCCCUACACAAAUCAGUCAAAUAUCGUGUCCUUCUUCACAGGGCAGAGCAGUGCGUGCAGCUGGGAGUACUGUACGCUUUUACCCUGGAACAAGUAGACGCACAGUGGUGAGGAUGAAGGAGAGUGGAAGGAAACAGGGCGCACCCUCGCCGUGUGCAGCCUGCAAGCUCCUCAGAAGAAGGUGUGCCCAGGACUGUGUGUUUGCUCCAUAUUUUCCCGCAGAUGAACCUCAGAAGUUCGCCAACGUUCACAAGGUGUUUGGUGCUAGCAACGUCAACAAGAUGUUACAGGAGCUACCGGUGCACCAACGUCGAGAUGCGGUGAGUAGCAUGGUGUACGAAGCAAAUGCAAGGGUACGUGACCCGGUGUACGGAUGCGUGGGGGCCAUAUCAUCUCUGCAGCACCAAAUUGAUGUGCUUCAGACCCAAUUGGCGCUGGCGCAAGCGGAGGUGGUGCACCUCCGAGUUCGCCAAGCUGCGACAUUGUCGACUUCUCAUGCUGCAUUUAGCCCCAGCGACAGUGGUUCCCCUUCCUCCAAGCUCGUCCCUACUCAAACCAAGCCACUAUUCGACAUGGACAUGGUGGUUGACCAGGCCAAUUUGGGGGACCAUGUGUGGUGAUUUUUUUCCAAGGUUUCUCUCUUUUCUCCCCCCCGUCCUCCCUUCUCUCUCUCUCUCUCUCUCUCUCUCUCUCUCUCUCAUUGUCGCCUUCUUGGAUAUUAACUCGUUUUUUAUAUUGUUAGCAGAGGCUAGUGGCCACUUCUAGCAGAGAUCGCUCCCUCCACAAUCCAUAUCUACUUUGGUUUAAAUAUGGGUCUGUGUCAUUGACAAGAUUGUAUAUACCUUUAAUUUAAAUAUAGAUAUUUUAACUAGCA